AGGCCAUGUCUCGGAUAGCUCAUCUAGCUGUACCGACGUCUAAGUUGGCCUUCAAAGAAUUCCCGACCCCUGCGCUACUCAAGGCCUUGACACCGAAGAGUGCCGAUCACACGGGAGACACAAGUACACACCUGCUGGGCAGGGUAAAGACUGCCGCUGUCACCACCAUCAGCACAGCACUGACCGUCGACCACACACAGUUGAAGGCUUUACACGCUGUUUUUGUGGCAUAGAUAUCGGGUACAAUCCUAUUUUAUCUGUUCGAAAGGUAUAUAAAUCAUUCCUAGCGCUAUACAGUAUGUUUUUGAAGCUAAAAAUUGGCAAUCAGGAUUGCUUGGAACUGUCUGCAAUACGCCCAUCGGACAAUUUUUGAUCCUUCACAUUACUCAGAUUAUGCUAGAGUAUUAAUUAGUGUGUGCACAACCUACGCAUCACUCUAAAGCAAAUUUUCAUCACAUUCCAUAGCUGCAUCAGGUUCUAACAUGAAGAAAAUAAAUUGAAAUAAAAC